AUGCUGCAAAGCAAGCUAGACCCGUGGAAAAAUUACCACUCCGAAAGCCUUAACUCAAAGGAUUCUGGCUCGAAGGUCCAGGCCGCUGGUUCCGGCACCCCGGCCCAGGCUCCACGGCAUGCGCAGGCAGCUGGCAGCAAGGCUCCAACUCGUGGGGGUGCUGGCGGGGUCGCAACCUCCGCCACGCCUGGCCUGAAGCCGAGCCUGAAGGCAGGGAUACCUCGCACAGUGCGUGCCACCGGACGCCCAGCUGACAUCGAGCCUCUUGCAGUGCACUCCCCGGUCCUUCCCAGCCGCACAUCUAAAGGUGCUGCUACUUCUGGAAGUGGUGGUGGCGGUGCUUCAUUGCCAGCGCAGUCCCAGCGAUCCCCGAGCCCCGAUCUCAUGCCACGGCGGUCGGCCAAGUCCAGCGCGAGCUCAAUCUCCCCUGCGAGCUCAGUGCCGGCGCUGCCAAAGCUGUCCUCUACGGCCAGCGGCGCUGCUGCCUCCAGUGCACCUUCACCCCGUACCGCCGCUGUCGCCAGCCGCGGCAGUGGCAGUCGCCUCAGCGGUGGCGGCUCCCGCUCGUCCGCCGCACUGUCCAGCACCUUGUCGGCAACCGGGCCCUCCCCCAUCGCCACCGUCACCGUCACCGCCACAGGCACGACGACCAUCACCGCCAAGGGUAGCACACCUCGCGGGGCCGCCACUGCAGCAGCCGGCGGGGCCGCUGCCUCCGCCGAGACCGCCGUACAGCGUCCGGCAGCUCUCAACACGCUUCAGGCGCUUCGGGAGGAAGCCGCUGGACUCCUCAGCGCCGCGGGAAUAGCCACUGCCACCGCUGUUGAUCGGGCUGGCGGCAGCGCACCCGCCCUGACCGGCGGCAACGGCCAGGGCCCCAACGGCAGUCGCGGCUCUCGUGGCAAUAUGCCGUUCAUGCCCAUGUUCAUGUUGCCCGGCAUCGGCGGCAGCGGCAGUCAGCCCGGCAGUCCGCUGCGCGGCCUCCUCAACUCCAACGGCAAGCCCAACCGCAGCCCCGGCAAGGGCCGCCCGCGGCGUCCCAAGCGCGCCCCUGGUAGCCAGCAGCAGGGCAGCGCCCGGCUCAACCUCAGCAGCCGGACCGGCCGCCGCAUCCCUGAUCCCAGCGGGUCCUUCGAGGUGAUCACCACAGCCCCUGGAGUCAUCGGCGAGGUGCGGUUCAGCCCGGAGGUGUGGUGCAUGGAUCUGUGGCAGCUUCUGGAAGGAGGCUGCGACCAGCAGAGGGUGUGGACCUUUGGCACACCAGCUAUUAGCAACGCCGCAGCGGCGGCGGCGCAGAUCCUGGCGGCGACAGGCGGCGUGCAGGCGGGUGCCGCUGGCGGCGGCAUCGGUGGCACCCGUGGCUCCGCCUCCGGCGAGGCCGGCGGCCGGCGGUCUAGCUCCCCUGGAGCGGCUAUCGGCGGCGGAAGCAACGUGACGGACGGGUACACCAGCCCGCAGCCGCUGGCGCUGCUGAACGGCGUGGUCUUCCGCGCUGUGGCUGCAGGCUCUCACCAUGCUGUCGCCAUUUCCUCGGAGGGCUUCCUUUACCUGUGGGGCUCCGACUCCCGCGGCCAGCUGGGUCGCGGAUGGCCCUCCGCCCAGCACGUCGCCAGCUACAGCCUGCCGCGGGAGGUGCAGCCGCCCAUUGAGGCAUCGCUGGAGGAUCUUCAGGCCGCACUGCCUGUGAGCCUGGUGCAGGGAAUCAUUGCGUCAAACACACCGCGGCAGAGCUCCCGUCGGCUGAUGCUGCUGGACGAUGGCGACGGUGACGGCAACGCUGGCGGUGGGGGCGAAAGUGGGGCUGGUGGCGGUGGGGGCAACGCCACAGCCACCGCCACCGCCGCCGUCGGCCGAGGGGAAGGAGGAAAGGGAGUGGGAGGAGCGGGUUCGAGGGUGGGCAGUAGCGGUCCUGCGGGGCCGAUCAACUUGUUUCCCAUGCCGGGGGUGCACUCGCCGGGGAGCGGUUGCGGCGGCAUCGGCGGCGUCAGCUCGCGGUCACGGCUGCCCUCCGCCGCGUCGUCGUACUCGUCGUCGUUCCGUGGAGGUGCGGACAGCCGGGUGCUGGCAGCGGCGGCGUCAUCCGUGACCUCCGGCCUAGCGGUGCCGGGCGCCGCGACGGCGGCCAUCAUGGCUGCGGCGGCGGCAGCCGUCGCUGCCGAAAGCGGCGCAGCCGCCACCAGCACCCCCGCCACCGGCACCGUCGCCAUCGACCCCGACGGCGAGUUCGACGAGCUGGACAGCCCGGUUGGAGGCGGACAGCGGUUCACGAGCCCUGGCGAGAUGCCGCAGCAGCUGCAGGUGUACCGGCUGAAGAUCGGUGUGACGGUGCGGGCCGUGGCAUGCGGGGCUCUGCACACGCUGGUGGCGCUGGAGGGCGGCGGGGUGAUGGGCUGGGGCGACAACGCGUCGGGCCAGGCCACCGGCCGUCCGGGCUCACCGGCUGUGCGGAUAAGCACGCCCACCCGCAUCCCCGACUUCGAGCAGCUGGAGGUGGUGUGCAUAUCGGCAGGUCUACUCCACAGCGCCGCAGUCACCUCCACCGGCUCCGUGUGGUGCUGGGGCAGCAAUCGCCACGGCAGGCUGGGUAUCGGUGCCGCCACGGCCACCUCCCUGUUGGACCACCCCGCCUUCGCCGCCGCCUUCCAGGCCAAACCCCCGGGUCGCACAUACCACCACCCCGACCGCGACCCGCUACCCAACACCGCUGCCAUGCUCGCCCACGCCCACCACAGCCCUGAUGGCCUUCACGACGACGUCAAACAGGGCCUCACCUUCCCACCCACGCCCGCCAAGCUCCACCCCGGCGUCACCGCGCUCGCUGUGGCCUGCGGGUACCGGCACACGCUAGCCGUGGACGCCGAGGGCGGCGUGUGGGCCUGGGGCAGCAACGCAACGCAGACGCUGGGUGUGCCGGACUUUGUGGACCGCGCGGCGCCGGUCCGUGUGCCUGGGCUGCCGCCGUGCAGCUUCGUGGCUGCGGCGACUGUGUCCGCUGCGCUGUGUGGUGAGGGGCAGCUGUACCUGUGGGGCAGUGACUCCUACCUGAACCCGUGGGUGCACCGUAACCGUGUGGGGGGCCCGCAGGGCACCGCCAUGACGCCCAGGAGCGCAUCCCUGCCGCUCAUACACAGGGUUCGCUGGCUGGGUGCUUCCCGGUUCCGUUCCGUGUCCCUGGGGGCUCGCCAUGCAGUGGCGGUGUCCAGCUACUCCAACAUGUACUGGUGGGGGGAUGAGGAUAUGCUGCCCACGUCCAUGCAGUACGGCUCGUCAAGCUACUACAGCGGCUCAUCCUCACUGCCCAACCGCCUCAGCGCCUUUCGCGUCUUCAACUACCGACCCAUGGGUCGUUUCUCCGAAGCCGGCGGAACUAACAACGGCGGCCUCGACAGCGCUCCCGUCAGCUUCAGCGGCGGCCUGGGGCCGACGGCGGCAGCGUCGGGGUCGCCGCCGGGGCUGUCACACUGCGGCAGUAGCUUGAUGGCGUACCUGGGCAUUAGCAGCGCUGCCGGACGCGAUGAUAAUGACAAGUACGGCAUUGUCGUACGCCUGUGUGUGUUCAACGGCCGCGUCUACAUGUCCAUUGCUCCGCGGCGGCCAACGCAACUGGUGCUGGGCAGCGCUGGCGGCAGCAUGUCGUUCACGAGUCGGCCGACGUCGGUGCUGGGCGCGCGGCUGACGGAAGGCGGAGUCGCUGCCGCGGCUGCGGCAGCAGCGAUGCCCGGUAUCGCCUCCGUCGCCGGCGGCGGCGUCCGCGGCGGCAGCGCGGACGCCGGCAGCAUGACCACGGGUUCAGUUGUCGGGAAUUCUCCGAUUGUCAACGGUGACGAGCAGCCUGUGCUGAACUCUUUCCUUGGAAGCAGCUUCACUCGUUCGUGGCACCACACGACUCUCGAGGAGACCCGCAAUGCGAUGAUGCUGAUGUUGCGGCAGUACGCCCGGCACUGGCAUGCCGUACGGCGGGCUGCGCAGGCGCGAUUGGUUGGGGGAUCACCCGCCCGGGUGCGAGCCAGGUCACCGGAUAGGCGGCCCUCCAGUGGUCGCAGCACGCGCAGCAUGUACGGCAUGAACCGCGUCCAUAUUGCGUCGCUCCAGGAAGCGUACAGGGACCCCUUUCCGUACAUUGAGCUGGACGAGCCACCUGCCGACGCCCGUGACGAGCUGUGCACGUUGGAUAUGCUGCUGGUCUUCUGCAGGCAAGCCGGCCUCAUCGACAACAUCAGCGAGUACAAUGACGUCAUCGAGCUCUACCGGAGGGCCGGCCUGGGUCUGGGUCUGGGUCUGGGUCUGGGUCUGGGUCUGGGUCUGGGUCUGGGUCUGGGUCUGGGUCUGGGUCUGGGUCUGGGUCUGGGUCUGGGUCUGGGUCUGGGUCUGGGUCUGGGUCUGGGUCUGGGUCUGGGUCUGGGUCUGGGUCUGGGUCUGGGUCUGGCCCCCUGCCUGCCCUUGCGUCCAGGGGACUUCUCCAACAACCCAACCGGCCCCAUCAAUAUGCUUGCCGUACGCCUCCACCCCCCGGUUCCGGAGCCCUCCGUCUCCGGUGCCCGAGCUUCCCCCCGCGCCGCGGACUCCGACGGCCGCCCCAGCGGUCGUGUCGGGUUCGGCGGCUCCUUCACCACCUGCAGCCCCAGCGCCGCCAACAGCUUCUCCCGACCCGAGCCGCCGCAGCUCUUGGGGCCGUCCAGGCUGGGUGGGGGCAGUGGCGGCGUCGCUGCCUUUGCUAGCCGGGUGCUUGGUACCCCCAUAGGUGUGGGGGGCUCGCAACCCACCACGCCGCUGACGUGCAGUGCUAAUGGCGGCGGCGGCGGCGGUGCCGGGGGCGGGAGCGGAGUUGCUGGUGGCGGCGGCGGCGGCGUUGGUUCUCUUGGGCGGGGUCGGGACUCAUUGUUGGGUAUGGUGCAGGAGGAGAGCACGGGGAGUGUCGGUGGGGGGGGAUCGCGGCUGGGGACACCCGGCACACCGCCCAGUCUCCGGGUUGUGGAUGUACGGGCAUACAUGCCCCGUACGGACAAGGACGACUUGUCAGGACCCGACGAGCGGCUCCAGGACGCCGAUGUGGUGGACCUGCUGAUGGGGCUUAUGCAGAACCGGCAGCAGCUGGCCCUACACUACUUCACCAAGCUCAAGAAGACGUGUGCGACCCCACUGCCCUGGGUGCUGGGACAGGUGAUCCGCACCGAGAUGCUCCGGGCCCUGGACAGCGGCCCCAACAGCCUCACCCUGCACCAGGCGUACAUCUUCCUGACCUCGGAGCACUCGGCGCCGCAGGACCUGCACCUGUCCAUGCAGGACAUGCGUCUGGGUCUGGCCCAGUUGGAGCAGCCCUUCACCGUGCCCCUCCUGAGACUGGCCCAGUUCAUCAGGCAGUCGGGGCUGCUGCCCAGACUGAUGAGCAGGAUCAUCACGCACCUGCACAGGGUCGCCGAGUUCUAUCUGGACCGCCUUGCAGUGGUGGACCAGGUGCCCUGGUGGUGGCCGGUGGAGGUGCUCCACGCGCGGAGGGCGGCGGUGAACAGCACCGCGGUGUCUAGCUCGCUGUACCAGAGGUCAGAUGUAUUCGCCAUGUGGCAGCAACCCGACGCAUGCAACCUGCUGGGGCUGGAAACGAUUGCAGGCGUGGUGUACGACUUUGACAUUCUGGGCGUGUACUAUGGUACGACACGCAAGGCCCUCCGAAACCAGCUGACAAGUGAGGAGCAACUGGCGCUGGAGCACGCAAAGCGCGACCGCCUCCUGGCCUACGUGCUGGCCUUCGUCAUCGGGCAGUACCUGGUUCCUCUGGACCGACCCUGGGACAUGCGGCCCGAGAACGUGCUGUCCUCGCCCGUGUCGUACCCGCAAUUCGUUGAGAUCCUGGCGGCGUGUCUGUCCAUCAAGGCCGCCACUCAGACCCCCACCGGUGCCGUACUGAGCAGUGUGCAGCUGCUGCCCACCCUGGGCGACACCCUGCAGCACCUGCCCGCCAUGUUGGAGGCGGUGGGACUGUGGCGGGAGAAGAUCCUCUACCCGUGGAAGUUCAACAGAGUAAAACACAACGACGUCGAGCUGCAGAGACAGGUUGACCGGGCCUUCAGCCUGUACUGCACCAUCGACCCCCUGGCCCAGACCCUGGGCAUCAACAUCUACCAGUUCACCCAGCUCAUACGGGAUACCGAUAUGGCGGACAAGACGUUGACCAUGGAGCGCAUCCAGCUGGUGUUCGCGGCUGUGGCCAUGGUGCGAGUGCGCAGUGUCCCCGCCCUACGUAGCCGGGUGAUCAGCAAGGGCCCGGAUGACAACCUGGAGUGGACGGGGCUCACUGCGGCCCAGAUCAUACGGCUGUCCACUUCGCAAUUCGCUUACACGGUGGCCCAGCACAAGCUGGAGGAGCACCUCACAUUGAGGGAGAAGGCCAUGGCCGCAUGGAAGCCAAGGCAGCUAGGCGGGGCGGGCGCAGGGCCCGGCGGAGGUGGUUCCGGAGCCGUGUCCCUGGCCAUGGCGCUGCGGGAGGCAGCACAGCGCACUGCCGCCGAGGUGGACGAGCGGGAGGCGGGUAUUCUCCGACCGGGGGCCGCCUCCGCCUCGCACCACGGCUCGCCGCUGCGUUCCUCCGGCCUCGGCGGCCGCCUUGUCACUCAGUCAAGCAGCCUGCUGCAACCCAACGCCAGCGGCGGCGGCGCCACUGGCGACGGCACCGGCAGCCUGCUCGCCAGCUCCCUCCCUUCCGGGGUCCAGGCCGCCAUAGCCCAGGCUACCUCCCUGCCCAACGCCGUCAACGUCAACCUCGCCAGCUCCUCCGCAUUCGUCUCCAAGCUCCGCAGGCCGGGUGCGCGCCGCAGCACCCGCCCACGCGACCUGGCGGGGUUGCUCCGGAACCGCCGUCCCAGUGGUGGCGGCUUGGUUAGUUUCGCGGCGCCGCUGGACGACACGCCGCCGGGUCACGAGCGCUCGUCCACCCACGUGGGCAGCAUCUCCAGCGCCGGAACUGGAAUGAUCCGGCCCCUUCCGCUGAUCUCCCAGGAUGGCUCUUACGCGGCGCUGCAUGUGGGCAGUACCGUUGACGGCGGCUCCGGCGGCUGCGGCAGUACGGACGUGCUGACGCAGGAGGACGAGCUGGAUCUGCGUAUGUCCUGGCCGAGCUUCACCACCGACCAGUUCGCGGACAGCGAUGUGGACUCCGCUGCCGGGGUGGAGACCAGCGGGGGCUCGGCGACCGGCAGUCGCCAGGUCAGUCCCAACCGCGGCCGCAGCCCGCCGCAUGGCCUGCACCGCCUGAGGGGAGGGACAGCGGGAGGAACAGGCCAAGGCACCAGCACCGGGGGAGGAAGCGGAAGCGGCGGCGGCGCCAGCCGCGGCGCCAGCCGGGGGGACGGCGGCGGCGGUGACGAACCAACCACCGUCAUUAGCCUGUCGGGACUGCCGCACCCCGCUCUGGAGUUAGCCCUGGCACAGACGGCCAGCGGCGGUGGCGGCGACGGGAUUUCGGACGAGCCCUCGUCCCGGCCGUCGCAAAGCUACAGCCAGGUAGCAGAUAUAUUCCGGACGCUGAAGACCCCGGAGGGGCCGCUGCCGCUGCCACCACCGCCGCCGCCGGAAGGCGGCCUCACGGACGAAUCAGACCGGGAGGCUGGCGGCGGCGGCAGCGGUGGCGGCGGCUUCGCGGGCGCUGCCGCCGAGGCGGCGGCUGCCAUUGGCACGUCGCCACGGCACGGCGAUAGCAGCGGCGGGGGAGCCGCCGCCGGCGGCGGAGCCGCCCCCGGUGGCGGGUUUUGCCGCAUCCCCCACGGCCGUAUGUUACGUCGGGGUCGUUCCACGCUGAGUGGUGUGCCGGUGGCGUUCGGAUCGGGAACGGCGCGGCGGACGUUUCUGGAUGCGGCGGCGGCGGCGGCGGCAGAUGACGCGGACGGCGGCCGCGGCAGAGGCUGGAGGUCGUCGCCAGGUCGUAGCGCCAGCAGCGGUGGCGGUGGUGACGGUAGUGCGGAGGGCCGCCAGGGGCUGUCGUACAACCGCUUGCAACCCUCCCGCAGGGGCCGGCUGGACGACCCCCUCUCCACCGCGGACGGGUCGGACUACAGCUCCGGCAGUAGCCCCGACCGGCCCCGCUCCCGCCUGAUGGUCAGGUCCAUGUCCGGGGGCCCCCUGCACCGCGGACCUCCCUCGCCCCUGGGGCCGGGGGGAGGGAGCGGCAGCCUCAUGAUGAUACAACACAGCGACAGCGGGCGCCCGGUGUCCCGCACACAUGCACACAUGCAUGCCGACGCACCCUCCGCCUGUGCCUGUUGGCUCCCCCCCUCGCAGCCCCCACUCCCAGCGCCCCGACUCCGCGGACUCCAACUCGGUGAUCGGCUCCGUGAACAGACUGGUGCUCACCAAGCACGCACUGGCGACAAGUAUCUGGAGGAGAUGAUGGGACCCUCCAUCAUGUCGCUGGUAUUGGCCUGGGAGCCGCAACUCAAGGCGCUGUUCAGGAUCUACGGCAAGGACGAGUCCAAGCAGACCACCGGUCGGCCCCCCGGCUCCCUCCGCCCGGCCACCUCGGGCCGCAGUCGGGGCAGGUCGCUCUCCAGAGCCAGGUCCAACAGCCCCUCAAGACCUAGUACGGCAAAGAGUCCCCGGGCCAGGUCCCCGGGUGGCAAGUCCGCCAGCAGCAGCCGCCAGGGCAGCGGCUCAGACAGCCCCGACGGGGGCCGGAGCAGCUUCAACCGCAUCACCAUGUCCUUCGUGCAGUUCCUGCAGCUGUGCCAGGACCGCAAGAUCAUCCCCGCACUCAUACAGCCGGCCGGUCUCGAGGAGAUCUUCCGGAGGGUCAACUUCAUCGACGGAGUGGAGAGCUACAUCCGGAACAUGGCCUACCCCCAGUUCGUGGACGCCGUGUGCCUGACCGCCAUGACCAUCUACCACCACCCCCGCUACAAGGAGCAGGCCAUGACGGUGGAAGACAUGCUGGAGACGUUCUUCUCGCAGCUGUGUGCCCUGAAGCGGGCGAGGACCAAGGCCACCAACAUGGGGGGCAUGGAGAGUGCAGCCGCAGCCGCUGCAGCCGCCGCCCGGGGUGCGGGGGCCGUGGAGAACCCCUACGCCCAGUGGUGGUCACUGCGCUUCGAGGCAGCCGCUCCGGAACCGGGGGAACACGUGCCCGACUGGUCGUACCUCUCGUCCAGCGAUUACGCACCCGUACUGCUGCAGGAUCUGGUGGUUCCUCCGCCCCCGGUUCCGGACCAAAUAGCUCGGAUGCUGGCCAGGGCGGCGGUGCUGCACAACAGGGGGGACUGCCCGGCGGCGCUGUCGGAGUACGACAAGGCGGCGGCGGCGUGGCGGGCGGCCAUGUCGGGUGGCGGCCACCUGCCGCUGGGUGCGAGCCUGACGCUGACCCCUGAACAGGAGAUCUACUUGUGUCUGGUACGUGCAAGUGUGCUCAUGAGCUGCGGACGGGACAACUCGGCCUUGCUGCUGUACGACACCGCCGAGCAGCACCUCAGCCGUCUCCCCCAGGGUCACCCCGCCGAGCCCCUGCUUCACGGCUGCCGGGGUCACCUGCUGUACCACAUGGGGCGACUGCAGGACGCGUUUGAGAGGCUGGUGCAUGCCAAGGUCCUCCGCGAGCAGCACCCCGACAUGGGGUCGCACCACGUGGACACCGCCCUGGCCCACCACAACCUGGCCUGCUGCCUGGACCGACUGGGCAAGACCCACCUGGCCCUCAGGCUGCUGGCGGGGGCGGUGGAGACGUUCCGGGUGGUGCUGGGGGGCAGCCACCCGCGGACCCUCACGGCCGCCAGGAACAUGGGCCACAUGCAGCACCGCCUGUUCAAACUGGACCUGAGGUACCGCUCCGUGGCGCAGCCGCUCAAGAUGCCCGCCAAGGAGCGGCUGGCGGCGUUCCAGCUGAGAGUGCAUGGCGGCGGAGGCAGAGCCAGUGGCACAUCAGGCGAUGCUUACGGCAUGCUGAUCUCGUCGGAGGCGGCUACCGGCAGUGCGUCGUACUCCCGGGGUCGCAACGGCGUCAAGUACUUCCGCAGCCGUCACGAUAUGGAUUACCUGGGAGGGGGGCUCCAUAAGGCCCACCCGGAGGUGGUGGCGACGUACGAGGCGCUCAAGGCCGACAUCGCGGCGCACGCCACAGGUGCCGUACAUUCGCAUGUGCCGGAGGGUGUGGUGGUGGUGCAGCGUGGUUCUGGCGGCGCAGGCGCGGGUGAUGCGGGAGCCGCGUCGCGCCAGAACGCGGCAGAGGAGGUGCCCGGGCCGAUGCGUGCGUUCCGCGGAGGCGUGUACGACAGGACGUUGGCGCCGCGCAAGCUCAAGGUCGAGCGUCGGUACGGGCUGCUGCCGCCGCCGCCACCCGCUCCGCCGCCGCCGGAGACCCCCGGCCGCGAGCGCGGUCUGCAGAUGCGGCGCGCCAACGUGUUGGCUGCUGCGAUGCUUGAGGAGCUGAACGCCCGGCUGACGGGCUACACGCAUCAGCCCACACUGACGAUGGUGGACAGGUUGGCGGAUGUGCUCACGGGACUGCCGGCGUCGCCGCAGGGGCCGAGGCCCAAGAGCGGCCGGACGGCAGGCGCGGGCGGGGGAGGCUGGGGUUUGGAUAGCAAGAGUCCGGCCCAGGUUGCGGCACCAGAACCGGCUACACUCCAAUCGGGCUUGCGGGGUCGGCCCAAACUGAUCCACCUCCGCGCCACCAGCUCCAGGUUGGCCUCGUUCAUACUGCCAGCAGGCGACGAAGAAGUUCAGUACGUGUUGCUGGACCUUCCUCGGGACGUGGCCGUUUGGCUGAACCCGGGUGAAAAGCUCGUCAUCCAGGCGUUGGAUAGUGAUGCACCAGUCAUUAGGCUCCAGAACGGUAUCGUGCUGCAAGGCAAAUACGAGGAGCACCUGGGGGAUAUCCUCCUCCUGGAUAAGGAAAUUGCGGCUGCCGCGACCCAGCAAGAAACACAGGAGCCUGGCACGGGGGAGGCGGCAUCCGGACAGGAGCAACAGCAGGAGCCCGGGGGGGAAGCUCCGCGACGGCAGCAGCCACAGACGCCGUCGCGUGCACAACAACAACAACAACAACAACAACAACAACAACAACAACAACAACAACAACAACAACAACAACAACAACAACAACAGCAGGCAUCGCAGCAGCAGCCAUGCACUGUCCGGAUACGGGGCCAGACGGACAAAGUGUUGACUUUCAAGCGUGUGAUGUCUCCUGCGUAA